GGCAGAUGCCUGGUGAUGGACUAUUAGAGCUCAUGUGAUCUGUCACAUGACAGCGGAUCUCCAGAAAGGCAGAAUGAGACUCCGAGCCUGCCUCCUAGGGCUCCUUGUCCUCUUCGUCACUGGUAAAUGCAGUCACAGCCCGGAGCCUGACCAACAGCGGACGUUGCCCCCGGGCUGGGUGUCCCUGGGCCGUGUAGACUCUGAGGAAGAGCUGAGUCUCACUUUUGCCCUGAGACAGCAGAACGUGGAAAGAUUAUCCGAGCUGGUACAGGCUGUAUCGGAUCCCAGCUCUCCUCAUUACGGAAAAUACCUGACCCUAGAGGAUGUGGCUGAACUGGUCCGGCCAUCCCCACUGACCUUCCGCACAGUCCAAAAAUGGCUCUUGGCAGCUGGAGCCCGGAACUGCCACUCAGUGAUCACACAGGACUUUCUGACUUGCUGGCUGAGUGUCCGACAGGCAGAACUGCUGCUCUCUGGGGCUGAGUUUCAUCGCUAUGUGGGAGGACCUGGAGAGAUCCAUGUUAUAAGGUCCCCACGUCCAUACCAGCUCCCGAAGGCCUUGGCCCCGCAUGUGGACUUUGUUGGGGGGCUGCACCGCUUUCCUCCCACGUCAUCCCUGAGGCAACGUCCUGAGCCACAGGCAUCAGGGACUGUUGGCCUGCACUUUGGGGUGACCCCAUCCGUGAUCCGUCAGCGAUACAACUUGACAGCACAAGACGUGGGCUCUGGCACAACCAACAACAGCCAAGCCUGUGCCCAGUUUCUGGAGCAGUAUUUCCAUGACUCAGACCUGGCUGAGUUCAUGCGCCUCUUUGGUGGGAACUUUGCACACCAAGCGUCAGUAGCCCGUGUGGUUGGACAACAGGGCCGGGGCCGGGCUGGGAUCGAGGCCAGUCUAGACGUGGAGUACCUGAUGAGUGCCGGAGCCAACAUCUCUACCUGGGUCUACAGUAGCCCUGGCCGCCACGAGUCACAGGAGCCCUUCCUGGAGUGGCUCCUGCUGCUCAGUAAUGAGUCAGCCCUGCCACAUGUGCACACUGUGAGCUAUGGAGAUGAUGAGGACUCUCUCAGCAGCGCCUACAUCCAGCGGGUCAACACCGAGUUCAUGAAGGCGGCCGCUCGGGGUCUCACUGUGCUCUUUGCGUCAGGUGACAGUGGGGCUGGGUGUUGGUCUGUCUCGGGAAGACACCAGUUCCGUCCCAGCUUCCCGGCCUCUAGUCCCUAUGUCACCACAGUGGGAGGCACAUCCUUCCAGAAUCCAUUCAGAGUCACAAAUGAGAUCGUUGACUAUAUCAGUGGUGGUGGCUUCAGCAAUGUGUUCCCGCAGCCUUCAUACCAGGAGGAAGCUGUAGCCCAGUUCCUGAGUUCCAGUCCUCAUUUACCACCAUCCAGUUACUUCAAUGCCAGUGGCCGUGCCUACCCAGAUGUGGCUGCACUCUCUGAUGGCUACUGGGUGGUCAGCAACAGCGUGCCCAUUCCUUGGGUGUCUGGCACCUCGGCCUCUACUCCAGUGUUUGGUGGGCUACUAUCCCUGAUAAACGAACAUAGAAUCCUCAGCGGCCGCGCCCCUCUUGGCUUUCUCAACCCAAGGCUCUAUAAGCAGCGUGGAGCGGGACUCUUUGAUGUAACCCAUGGCUGCCAUGAAUCCUGUCUGAAUGAAGAGGUGCAGGGUCAGGGUUUCUGCUCUGGCCCUGGCUGGGAUCCUGUGACAGGCUGGGGAACACCCAACUUCCCAGCUCUCCUGAAGACAUUAAUCAACCCUUGACCUGUCUUCCACCCCACAGCUGGUGGCUCGGUCCCUUAUUCUGCACUGUUGGAAGCCCUGCUGAACCAUCAACCGUUGACUGCUGCAAACAAUUUAUCUCUCUAACCCUGAAAUGCUCUGAGCUUGACUUGACUCCCAACCUUACCCUGUUCCAUCAUGCUCAGGUCUCCCUACUCCUGCCUCAUGUUCUGAUUAAGAUGCUAUUACCAAUAUUGUUACAGAUGUUAUAACCAGUACUGUUAUAACCUACCCCAUCCAAACCCCCCUCCUAUUUCUUCUUUCUCUUUUCAACCAAGCGUUUUCAAACAGUUGUCUGUGCUUUCUGUGUAUACUUUCACUUUAUGUUCUCUCAGUUCAUUGCAAUGAGACCUAGGCUCUCACUUUUACACUCUUUCUUCCCCUGGCGGUGACAAACAAUGGGUGUCCUGCUGCUUCAUCCAGUGCACACUUCCCAGCCUUUGCUUUAUGGGCUCUCUGUCAUAGCUUUUCUCACUCUACCCAAUGUUCCCUGGAACAAAUCAAUCACCUGGUAUCCACAGCUGUCACCAUCUGACAAAAUCAGACUUUAUAUCCGACAGUGAUUGAUACCUCAAAUGCAAGUUGUGUAAUACUCAAUACUUUAUCUCCCUCUUUUCCCAAUUCCAGACUGUUCUCUUGUGUUCCUUCUUGGUAAAUAAUACUAUGCUUCUUCCAACCAGGCCAGAAACCUAAGUGUUAUCCUAGACUUCCAUCUCUUUCACCUCCUCCUCCCCAUGACCACUGUCAAUCAAUAACUCCUACUGACUUUACCUCUUAAAUAUAUCUUUAGUAAGCCACAAGUCCUGCCAGUUAUAUUUCCUAACUAUAUCCAGAACUCAUCUACUUCUCUCCAUCUCCACUGCUAUUACAUUAGCUUAGAGCCAUAUUCUCUCUCCCUCCGAAUUGUUCGGAGACCCUUGCAAAAAGUGCCCUUACUUCCUGCCCAUCCAUGGUCCACAGAACCAUUUUCCCAGAAUAAAAUGCAAAUCCCAUCAGGUUAUUUACUUAAGACCCUUCAAAGGUCACUGAUUAAAUUAGGGCUUUUUCCUAUGACUCACAAACCUGAUCCUUUCCUUGCUAUUUGUUCUUGAGUAACAAAUUGUUUACCCUCCUUGCUCUCCCUGCCCCCGCCCCCCGCUCCACUUUCACUUUUGCUCAAGAUAUUCUGUACCCUUAACAUGAACCCAGACUCCCUUUAACUGAUUGGUUUCCAGGAUUCUUUUAAGACUCAGCUCAGAAGUCAUCUCCUCCUGCGAACCUUUUGGCUCCCUGAAGUUAGUUGAUUUGGGUAUAGCAGAAAAAUUUUAGCUUUUUUGAAACCAAAUCUGUUUGAUUCUUGGUUCUGAUGUAGACUACAAGAGAGCUUUGGGCAAGUAAGUUCAUCUCCCUGAAUCUUUUCUCUAGUCUGUUAAGUGGGGAUAUCACUAUCUGCCUCUCACAAUAAUCAGGGAAUAAUUAAGUGGAAUAAAGUUGAUAGAGUGCCUGACACAAAGAAGUAGGCAGCAGAUGUUAGUGCCCUUCCUCCCUUGCACCGCAUACUAUGUCUACCUCUAGUACUGUUAACUCCAACAUAGUAUUGAAAAUCCUUGUUUACCUGUUUGCCUCUCUUUCCAAGAGUAGAACCUGGUCUUACUUAACUUUGUAUUUCCAGGCCCUAGCUCAGUUUUGGCAAUUUGGAAUUAAAUAAAUGUUGCGUUGAAAACCCCA